GCUAGACUGCGGGACGAGAAAUGCGUUCACGAUGCAGGUGUUUAGUUUAUAGACGCUCCCUGAGCAGGUGGGCGUUUCUGUUUGUUGCUCUUCCAGAAAAGACAGGGGGGCUCUGAAUCAGAGAGCAGCAAGCACUACUGGAGAGAACUGCAGCAGAGUGAUGCCUGCAUGACCCGGCUCGGACAGAGCAGGAGGACACAUGGAAGGCUCUUACUUCUCUGCUGGGAAUGAGCGUGACACAAGCCUGGACGUCCUGAGUUUCCUGGACACCCUGGGGCCGGACAAUGGGACGGUGGAGCGGUGUUACAGCACCCGAUCCCACAGCACCGUGCUGCAGGGCCUGCCGUUCGGGGGCGUGCCCACCGUCCUCGCCAUCAACUUCAUCCUCUGGCUGGUGCUGCUCUUAGUGUUCUCGUGCCUGCGGAAAGCAGCAUGGGAUUAUGGACGGUUGGCAUUGAUAAUGGACAAUGACAGAUAUGUAGCCCGGCGCCGUUGGAACUCUUACGACCUCACAUCACUGUUCUAUGGAGAGCCGAGCGAGAAGGAGAAGUCGCCUCCCCCCUCUGAAUCCAGUCCCUCUGACAUAGAGACUAAAGAUGUGGGCUUCUGUUCUUGGCUUUCAUCGAUCUAUCACAUGAGAGAUGAAGAGAUUCAGAGUAAAUGCGGGAUAGAUGCCACUAUCUACCUCUCGUUCCAGCGGCACAUCCUGGUCCUCAUGAUUAUUGUCUGUGUCCUCUCUGUCGCCAUCAUCCUGCCUGUAAACUUCUCCGGGAACCUGCUCGGAGACAGCCCUCAGCAUUUUGGAAGGACGACUAUAGCUAAUGUUCCUGCACAGGAUCGUUUCCUGUGGCUGCACAGUGUUUUCGCGCUGCUGUAUUUUAUUAUCACUGUGCUCUGCAUGGCGCACCACUCCAUGCAGCUGGAGUACAAAGAGGAUGAGAAGGUGGCGAGAACGCUGAUGAUCACGUCAAUUCCCAAGGAGAUCUCCGACACGGGCCUCAUCGUGAAGCACUUCCACGAAGCUUACCCAAGCUGCACAGUGAACGAUGUGCAGUUCUGUUAUGAUGUUCGGAAGCUGAUGAAGCUUGAUGCUGAAAGGCGCAAGGCGAUGAAGGGACGGCUGUACUUCACAGGGAAGGCUCAGAAAGAAGGGAAGGUUAUGAUCAAAAGCCACCCCUGUGCUCAGAUAUUCUGCUGUGACGCCUGCGGGUUUGAACAGGUGGAUGCAGAGCAGUACUACAGCGAGCUGGAAGAGAAGCUUACUGAUGAGUUCAAUGCUGAGAAGAACCGCAUUGCCCUUAAAAGACUGGACAUGGCCUUCGUCACCUGUCAGGACGAGAGGAUGACUGCAGUCAUUGUAAAGGAUUACGGCCGGACCCCGUGUCGCAGGCAGUUGCAGCAGUCCAGCAUAACCACCGUUGUCAAGUCCCACAAGUGGGGGGUACAGUAUGCGCCAGCACCCACUGACAUCAUUUGGGAGAAUCUGUCCGUGCGAGGCUCCAAGUGGUGGGUGCGCUGCAUCAUCCUCAAUAUCUGCCUCUUCAUCCUGCUCUUCUUCCUCACCACUCCAGCCAUCAUCGUCAACACCAUGGACAAGUUCAACGUGACCCGGCCCGUCGAGAGCCUCAGGAACCCGGUGGUGACCCAGUUCUUUCCCACACUGCUGCUGUGGGCGUUCUCCGUCUUCCUCCCGUUCAUCGUAUACUACUCUGCCUUCUUCGAAUCUCACUGGACCAGAUCAAGUGAAAAUCAGUUAACAAUGCAUAAGUGCUAUUUCUUCUUGGUGUUUAUGGUGAUCAUCUUGCCUUCGCUUGGUCUAUCCAGCUUGGAUUUGUUUUUUCGAUGGCUCUUUGACAUUCACUUUCUAGAUGAAGCUGACAUCAAAUUUCAGUGUGUGUUCCUGCCAGAUAACGGUGCUUUCUUUGUGAACUAUGUGAUCACAUCGAGUCUGAUUGGCACAGCCAUGGAGCUGCUGAGGGUCCCAGGGCUCGUUGUGUACGCUACUCGGCUGUGUUUCGCCAAGUCUGAAGCCGAGCGCAUUCACGUGAAAAGGAACCAAGCCUAUGAGUUUCAGUUUGGCUUGGAGUACGCCUGGACGAUGUGCAUUUUCGCAGUAAGCAUGACCUACAGCAUCACCUGCCCCAUCAUCGUUCCCUUUGGACUCCUCUACAUGAUCCUGAAGCACCUGGUGGAUCGCUACAACAUCUACUAUGCUUACGUCCCAACAAAGCUAAACCAGCGCAUUCACUCUGCAGCCAUCAGCCAGGUCAUCAUAGCUCCUAUCCUCUGUAUGUUCUGGCUGCUGUUCUUCUCCGUGCUCAGAUUAGGCCCAGUUCGUCCCAUCACACUGUUCACCUUCGUAGCUCUGCUCUUUUGCAUCAUCUUCUCUCUCUUUGGGUUCUGUUUGAAGAGACUUCAUCCAAAGAAACCCACAAGCUACCAGGUAAGUGAGAUGUCAGAUCAGCACACCGAAGGGGUUUUCAGUGACAACGAAAGAAGCAGCGUGUCCUCUACCCCAAACUCCAACGUUUUUGUGGCCUCGGUGCUUCAGGAACCUGAGCUAGGACUAACGCCCAUGCCAUCACCGGCACACCAGAGCUACGGCACCAUGGAGAACAGGAUGGAGACGCCCAGGACCGAAGAGGAGACCCACCCAGAGGCCUUUGAAUCGGACCUUGAGAACCGGCAGUACUUCUCCAGCGGACCGCUGGUCGACAGCGAUAUUGGGUACCAUUAAGAGGGAUGUCCACAAGGAUCCAGAAUUCAUAUCACUAAAGAAUUGUGCUGCAUUUACCCAAAGCUUAGAGGAAAGCCUUCGCCUGGUUUCAGCAUCUACACCCUUGCUAUUGUCACCAGUGCUGCAGCAGAAGCAGAAGCAGCUUGCAUGACAGUCCCUUUCUCCUGUAUGUUCAGCACACAGCUUGUGAUGUGCUUCGAUGUGUAAAGGUCACUUAAGCAGGAUGGACAGACAAAGGGAUGCAGGUGUUAAUUAUCGAAUUUGGAGAAUAACUAAUAUGCUACUUACAGUAGCUGUUCUGUAAGACCAAGGCAAUGCUACUUAGCUAUUCUGUAAUUUCCCGUUGGGUAUUUCUGGUUAAUUUACAGUCAGACCAGACUGGCAUUUCAUUUGAAGUGAUAUUUUCAGUUGUGGCUUGGCAUUGAUCUGUAUUAUUUACAGCUUCCCAACUCUGUUUUGUAGACAGGCUGAUGUGUGUUUUGUCACAGGCGAGCCCCAGUCCAUUAGAAAGGCUGUGUUUUUAAUAGAGGACACCAGUCGGGUGUGUCAGGGGACUUGCCAAUCCUGCAUUGGUAAGGCCACUCCAGAUCCACUGCUCCACUGCUCCUCCACCCAGAACUGACCACCUACUGUCAUUCCUUCUGCCUUCUUCUGACACAGGCUUCUAAAAUGGACAGCCCAUUGCCCGUGGAAAUCAUUUUGAUCCUUUUGUUCAUAGUGUUCCGACCUCAGGCUGAAGUGAGAAAAAAAAACACUCAAUGCAGAUUUGAUGAAGGACAGUAUUUAUAUAGAAUGAGUUUUGGGCUUUUUGUAUUGUUUAUUUUUUUAAAUAUUCACUACCAUUUUGUGCAGGCAGUGGUGGAGAAUUCCUAUCUCUCACCUCUAAAGAGGUUGUAAUUAAGAUUACAGGGCUAAACUUGAUUCAGUUAGAGAUUAGCUCCUUUGUAAAAGACACUAUCUAUGACAGAUAAACUAGAGAACAGUGUAAUGCAUGGGACCUUUGAUUACUGUCCGUCUUGAUUACUGUCUAUCUUGAUUACUGUCUAUCUUGAUUACUGUCUGUCUUGCUUCAAGGUGAUAAUUUUUUUUUGUACAAAAUGUUCAUAAUAUAAUGCAGCUUAUAUACAGUGAUACCUUUUAAGAGCUUAAUAACAUGCAACCCCCGUGCAGAUGCAGUGUAACCCUAAGUGCAUGUUAUGUGAGAAUAAAGCAUGGGGUUCUUUGGUUAGGUUUUACGGCAAGGCUUGAAACAGUGAUUUACUCUAGACAGGACUAGAAAGAGGGAGUGCUGUAGAUAUCUAUCUAUGGAGGUGUCCCUGUACAUAGGCUUUAUAUAUAGUAUGUUUACAUGCUUUUCAGCUGUUCAGUUUCAAGGUGUAUAAUUGCCUAUACUUUGCUGUCGAAACAGGCACGGAGUAGAGAGUGUGUAUGUUGCAAUCCUUGUUUAAAAUUCCAUAGUGUACCGGUCUUUUCCCUCUCUUUUUUAUCUGUCCAGAAUAUUGAAUACUGCCACUUUUUCCUCUAGCGUUUCAUGAUCUCUUUAUAUUACAAGAGUGGAGGUUUUCCUUCUCGUUCGAAUGUGUACGAAGAAAAGAAAAGGUGUUGUGUAAUAAUGUUUCCUGUACGGUGUUGCUGUGCCUUGGAAUAAUCUCCUUUACUGACAAUCCAGCAUGGCCUGGGAUAUGCUGCAUGGAUUGAAACUCGGAAUCAGGAGUAUAUGGGUAAAAGAUGAUGCACAGUUUUAUGAUCAGCAGAAUUUCCCUGCUCUAUGACUGCAUUCAAUCAAACCUCCCAGUUAUAAACUCCUAGUGCCAGUCGUGUUCUGAGUAGAGCGGUCGUCAUGCCACAGCUAGAUGCCCUCUAAAGCCUGUAACUCGCUUUACAUAGCAGUCCAAAGCCUGAAAGCAACGUUACCCUUUACUGCCCUGGGUAUCUUCCCACACCUAUUUUGAAUGCCUAUUUUCUCAAUGCCAAAUAUAUUGGACACUGGGCAGCAAUGGUUACAAGUGUCCUCAUACACAGAAUAACAUUCGUUCAGUUUUCUAAAAGCGUUAAUAUCCUUAUAUACAGUAACUGUCACUCCAGUCCGUUAUGUAGCAGGUAAUGACUCCUGCGUCCAACAUUAAUGCUUAAUUAGGAGCUUCCUCUGCAUUUCUGCUGUCACAGAGAUGUACUGGGGUCGUGGCCUCAUACAUCAUGUCUGGUUAAAUAUUAACAUAAAACAGGGGAUUGAUGCAGGUCACGAAGUAGCUUUGUUGGUUUGUUUCUGUUUUUAUUAAUGAAUGUAUUCCAAAAUAUGCCAUCGUUAACUCUGCACUACUAAUAUUCAUCAUGCACUUCUGACUACACCACGAAAUAACCCUGAACGGCUGGUUUCACAGAACCUGGUUAACACUAGUCUUGGAUUACCUUACCUAAGAUAACAUUAGGGCAGUCCAAGCUUAGUGCGAAUUGGGGUCUGUGAAACCAGCCAUGAAAGGGGGUCGCUAAAAUAAAAACCUGCAUAAAAGGAAUAUUCUGAAGAAACCCGACUGCCUUUCUAAUAUAGUGUUACAGAUAGACCCUAAAAGUGUGAUUGUCUUUCAAAAAUUCACAGAUGACCUCCCAAGUUUCAUUUUAGAAGAUGUAUUACUAGGUUGAACAGAAUACAGUCUGUUAUUUUCCUGCUGGCUACAGUGUAUUUUUCCAGAAUGUAUACGCAGCUUUAAAAUAAGUUUGAGUUGAAUUGACCUAUUUUGAGCUGAAAUUAUAUAUGGUCUUUUAAUGAGUGGGUUGGGUUUAAGUGUAUCUAAACAAUACUGUAUAUUUCAUUAAAAUCUUAACAGUU